UACAAUUUACAUGACAGAUCAAAGCAACCUAAAAUCCAACAAAGACCCAAAAAAUUUUGACACAAUCCGUACAUUUCUCCCUCUCGCAUUCUCUCUGACCAUCUCUCUCUCUAAAAUUCAUCGAUCAUCAAGCCUAUUAAUGGCUACAACCCCGAAUUCCCGUCUGGGUUUGACUACUCUGUUUCUCAUCCUCAUCUUUAUCGCCGCAACAUCUGCAACGUCCGUCUCCGACGCCGACAGACCCACAGUUUUCGAGAUCCUUCCUAAAUUCGGCCUCCCAAGCGGCCUCUUACCGGACUCUGUCACGAGCUACACACUCCAAGACGACGGAAGUUUCUUCGUCGUUUUGGAGAAGGCUUGUUAUAUCCAAUUCGAGUACUUGGUGUACUACGACAAGGAAAUUAGUGGGAAGCUCAGUUACGGGUCCAUCUCGGACUUGAAGGGCAUUCAGGUCCAGAGAUUCUUCUUCUGGCUCGGUGUUGAUGAGAUCAAGGUGGAUUUGCCUCCAAAUGAUAGUAUUUACUUUCAAGUCGGGAUCAUCAAUAAGAAGCUCGAUGUUGAUCAGUUCAAGACUGUUCAUUCUUGCCGCAGAGGCUUGGGCUCCUGUCGCAAUUGGUUGAAAGAGGUUCUUGAGCUCCCAGCUCCAUUUCAUGAAGUCGAGAUGCUAGUUACAGAAUGAGCCACUCCAAAUGUUUUUCCUAUUUGCGUACCGGAGAGAAGUUAAGACUUGAGAGCCCUCGCUCUUCAACUUUCCCUUUCCACCUGGGAAGAAAGAAAUGUAGUAUUUGUACUCUCAGACUCAAAUCAUGAGUCUAGAAGAGCUUUCUUUACCUAAAGAACUUGUACAAGUAGACUCUGUAAAAUGAUUAACAUGGUGUGUAUCUUAAGUGUCUGUAUUCUGUGUUUGAAACUUUUGUGUGUUUUGCUUGGACUCAUAUGAAUGCGCAAUAUUACAGUAAGUAAGCAUUUUUCAAA